UCUGCAGGAGAGAGAGAGAGACCUUCAGUCAAGGCUGAACUGAUAACCUAAAUUCACUAAGAUGAACAGUGAAAGCACAAACUACGAGGAAUAAAGAUCAGUUAUAGUCCUACAUGAAUGGGGGAAUCAACAAAAGACAGAGGAAAGCGGCACAUUUAGAAAAGAGGAACGUUUAAUCGGAGCAUUUUUUUCAUCACGGUGAACUUUAAGUGGUGCACACUUUGAACAGAAUUUUAUUUCACGAAGUUUCAGAAAUGAAUACAUGAACCAAGAGCACGCGCUGAGGGAUAACAGCUGAAGUAAGCCGCUUUUGGGUUCAUAACAGACUCAUUGUUGGACUUGGACUGUUGUUAACCGCAUUCCAUCUGAUGAAGAUGAUGGCAAUCAUAAACCUUAUGAAAGGGUCUGUAAAGAAGAUCCACAGCCUAUCGUGCGCAUAUCGAUGUCUGCCAGCUGAAGGCGGUGUCCGUGUGUUUUCCUCUGUGUCCACUCCAAGAGUGUGUGUUGUAGGCGGAGGUCCUGCUGGAUUUUACACAGCACAACAGCUCUUGAAGGCUCGACAAGAUGCAGUCGUAGACAUUUAUGAGCGGCUGCCGGUGCCGUUUGGUCUUGUGCGGUUUGGGGUCGCGCCUGAUCACCCUGAGGUCAAGAAUGUCAUUAACACUUUCACCCAGACGGCCCAGCAUGAACGAUGCAGUUUCUAUGGUAAUGUGAAUGUGGGCCAAGAUGUGACGAUUGAGGAGUUAAGGCGAGCGUAUCACGCCGUAGUGCUGAGUUACGGAGCCGAGGGAAACCGAUCCAUGAAAAUCCCCGGGGAACAUUUGUCCGGUGUUUUUUCGGCUAAAGACUUUGUCGGAUGGUACAACGGACUUCCCAGCAAUAAGGAGCUGUGUCCUGAUCUCAGCUCGGAGACGGCUGUGAUUGUGGGACAGGGAAAUGUGGCUCUGGAUGUUGCCCGAAUACUUCUCUCCCCUGUGGAAAUGCUAAAGGAGACAGAUAUUACCCAGAAUUCAUUGGCAGUGUUGGCGGGCAGUAAUGUGCGAAGGGUUUUGAUCGUCGGCCGGCGAGGGCCUCUUCAAAUCGCGUGCACCAUCAAGGAAGUCAGAGAGAUGGUGAAUCUGCCGAACACUAGAGCUGACAUGUUGCCCAAUGACUUUGAUGGCAUCGCAGAAGCUUUGAAAGACCUUCCUAGACCGAGAAAAAGACUGACGGAGUUAAUGAUGAAGGCUGUAAAGGAAGGAGGAGACGAUAAAGUUAAGAAGUGCUGGGGUUUCCGCUUCUUUCGAAGUCCGGUGGAGAUUCUCGCCGGGGCUGAUGGGAAAAGAGCUACAGGAAUCCGAUUGGCUCUUAAUAAGCUUGAGUCUGUGUUGUGUCAGGGGUCGGCUGAGAGCACGCGUGCGGUUCCCACCGGUCAGCUUGAGGAUCUGGAGUGUGGUCUGAUCAUCAGCAGUAUCGGCUACAAGAGCUUCCCCAUCGACCCCGCGGUGCCCUUUGACCCCCGACGAGCCAUCGUGCCCAAUGCCAUGGGAAAAGUGCAGGGCACAACAGGCCUGUAUUGCAGUGGCUGGGUGAAGCGGGGUCCCACCGGUGUGAUCGCCACCACGAUGAACGACAGUUUCGAUACGGCACGUGUUAUAACUCAGGAUAUGGAGGCAGGCGAGCUUGAUCUGUCAGUCAACAAACCCGGCGCACAAGCGAUCACUGCUCUUCUGCAAACACGAGGUGUGAGAACGGUGCUUUUUCCACAGUGGGAGAAGAUUAAUGCGGAGGAGGAGAAAAGAGGCAAAUCCCUGGGAAAACCCAGGGAGAAAUUUCUAGAUGUAGACGAGAUGCUGAAGAUCGCCUGGUCCUGAGAUCGGAGCCGAUGGAGUCUGCAGUGCUGUAAUAUGACUUUAACGGUAUGACUUUAUUCUGUGGAACACAAAAGAUGACGUUUGGCAGAAUGUGUACGCUGCUCUUCUCCAUACAAUGAAACAUGACAAAUAGUGAUUGAAAAUGUGGGGUUCUUACAUAAAAGAACACUGAAUAACGCACAAAUUAUAUUUAUGGUACAUUUCUUGUGCAUUGUUGUACAUGUUUUGAGCUCAACAGCCUCCCUUUCACUAAUAAGGGCAUAUGAGGAAUCCGUCCUAACAUCUUUUAUAUUCCACAGAAAAAAGUGGAACGAUAUGGCGGUGGUAUUCAUGAUGACACUUAAUUCAUAUAAUUUAUGGGCUUACCCAAGUUUCUUAAGUCUGAAGCAACUUGGGUUGCUUUUUAAUGAAAUGUUUAGCUGUGAUGUCAGGAAAUGGACAUACAAUAAUCUACUCCCUUACAGAAUAAACUCCCUGAACAUAUUUUUACAUAAUAAA